AUGAAAAAACUUUCAAAGAGAAGAGAAGAGAUUUUUAGAAAGAUGUCAGAAGCAGCAAGCAGCAGCACAGAAGAAAUAAUGGACAGGCGUCUGUCAAAAGGGUCUCCUGCAGAAGAAAAUCGAAACAUAACAGAGACACUGAGAGGCAAAGUAAGAGAAAAACUAAAACAUGCUAAGAUCAGUCAAGGGGAAAAGUCCUCAGCCGAGCUGCUCACUGACACAAGGACUUGUCGCUGGUCCAAGACUGAAGUCUUGCUGGACGAAGGUCUUUCAUUUUUCAUCCUGAGUGGGGAAGAAGAUUCAGCAGCGAGCCGGUCUUCGAGGCAGAAAACAGUAAGUGAGAGUUACUUCAAGCACUCUGCAUCUGGUGACAGUUUCCAAAUUGCUACUGAGGGCCAAGAUGAGGAUUUUAUGGAGGAAGUAAUCUUAACGGAUUUAUUUGAAGUGAAAGCUGCGAAAUAUGAAGAUGAUCAAGAACUGAUAAAAAAACAGGAGGCAACUAUCUUUGUGCCGAGUAGUUCUCCAGUGGCCAGCCAGCAGAAACUGCCCAAAGGUGUGCUGCCUCGCAUUUUAGAAGACGAAGGACUCUACACUCAGAAAAAGCCAGAGACUUGCAAAAAGAUCUGCAACAAAAUGGAAAAUCGCUUGCUCAGCCUGCAGGAGGGAAAAUGUUGGUUUGAAGAAAGUGGAGAAAUAAUGUCAUUACCUUCGCCUCUUAGACAGUCAUGGAAUUUUAGGCUCUGCAUGUGCAAAGAAUCUUUGAAUCCAGCACUAAAGACUAUACACAGAAAGGCAGUGAAAUAUGACGUGGGAUGCUGUUUUAGAAACAGAAUGGAUGGUCAGAGGGAAACGUACCAAUUAGACCUGAACAUCGUGGGCUUGCAAUUCAGCCAUCACCCUCUCUUCAAUCAAGAACAAGUCCUGUGUGCCAGGCUGCUCCAGCUCUGUGAGUCUUUCCAGGACAGACAGAAGCAGAGCUUAUCACAGUUGCUCUACGAGAAGCUGAGAGCCCUGAAGGAUGCUACCAAAUUAGCAAGCAAAAACCCAGAAUCAAGCCAGUUCACCAAGAAAUCAUUACAAGAUUAUUAUCAACAGAUAAGCGACACAGAGCAGCUGUAUGAUGCAGAAAGGGAAAAGGACCACUCUCUGUUGCACAGUGUCUCCCAGACUUGGAAACAGAUAAAAUCUCUCCGACAAAAGCAGGGAUUCACAAGCACCCCAGUGAAGCUGCAGUUUCAUAGGAUAAAAAUGAACACGUGGGAUGAGCAGAACCAAGUGGGAAUGUCAGAGGGACCCGGGGACGAAAGUGAAGAAACGCCAUUUCCGAAGGAAGACACCCAGGAGACUCUUUCCCAUCCAGCCUCAGACCUUGAAGGAUUGGAAGCUGAAAGAAGAAAGCCAAUCACUCUGGCGCCACAGCUUUCCUUCACAGCAGAACUGACAAACAUAUCCAAGUGUUCCUUAUAUGAGCAAAAGAGGAGAGCCAAAAUGCAGAAGCUUAAAUACUUCAUCAAAAUAUUUUACAACGAUAAACAGGUUUCCUGCACCUCAGUAUCUCCCCUACAGUUAGAUUUUAAAGUCAUGUUUCAACAAAUUUUUAACAUUCAGCUGAUGUAUUGGCCCGAGACGAUCUGCUUGGAGGUCUAUGAAAUAAGCAAAAGGUCAACUUUACUGGUUAAAAUGUAUCUGCCUUUACCUAACAAGACAGAGCUGAAAGGCAAGAUUGCCCUGGAAUAUACAGAAUUUAGUUCUGAUAAACUGGUCAUACCUAUGGACGGAGGCGUAGGAAGCAAUGUGCCUUUUAAUCUUGAGGAGAGUGAGAAUGAAGAACUGUGCCUUUUAACCUCAGGGAAACUUAGCUACUCUCUCUCCUGGGCCUUAGAUGAAAAUGGGAUGCCUUUGACACCUGUGUCACAGUCACUGAACUCUGCAUACUGCAGUGUGCUAAGAAAUGUUGACGCGAGAGGUGUUCCUGGACUCCCGUGGAUCGUGAACUCACAAAAGCUUUGUGACUGGGCAGAUGACAUCAGGAUUGACCCAAAUAAUCCAGAGUAUUCAGAUAUAACAGAACUUAUUAUGUAUUUGAGACACAAAGGACAGGAAAUCCCCAAAUAUUUCCGUCUUGAUCAGUUGCAAGAUGAAUUUAACUUUGUGUCUGAGGAAGAAAUGAAAAGGAGCAAACGCUUCCAGCUGUUGGAGCUGAGAAACGCAGGCCAGCUGGAUCUCUUCCUCCUGCAGCAGAUGCCCCUCUACGACAACGAGAUUCCAGACAUAGUCUUCCAGGAGUUUGAAACUCAAGCACAGAAGGAUGUGUCCAUUUCAGAUGUAAACUCUAUCACUGCGCAAAGGAUUAAUUCUGUCAAUUUUCUGAGAAAGGUGAGAAGGUUGAUCAUGAAAAAAAUCAUCAAAGUCAGCAAAUUUAACUUGUCAGAUAUUGUGGCCGACUAUGAAGAAAUUGUAUCUACAAGCCAAUUGACAGAUGCACUUUGUAAGUUCAUUGAACCACGAAGGAAGUUAAAACCUCAGAGGAAAGAAAGAAGAAAAGUCACAGCCCAGAGCAUCUCUGAUGGAGAUAUCAAGAUUCUCGUCAGGAUCCUGAGGGCCUACAACAUUCCUACCAGAAAAACAACAUCGUAUAGAACUUGGAGUAUGCCUUCUUACCUGAGGUCAUCCACAUCUUAUCUCAGACAUCAAAAUGAAGCCAAAUUUGUACCCUCAAAUGAAGUCAUACAUGAGGAUACUGUACACCCUUUCAUAGAAGUUUCCUUUCAACAUACUGUAUAUCAAACCAACAUUGCAAAUGGAUCUCAUCCAUGCUGGAAUGAAGAAAUCAAGGUAGAUUUUAUCUCGCCAGGACAUGAUUACAGUUUCACUAGUCUAUCUAAAAUAAAAGACAACAUACACAUCAACGUUUUUGAUGAAGUGGUGAUUGAAAAACAUGAGGACCAUUGUCUCAAGAGCUGCAGUGCCCACUCAUACAUACAGAAGAACUGGCUGGGCUCCAUCAGCUUCCCUUUCUCAGCCCUUCUGCAACAGCCUGAGAUUAGCGGGACAUUUCAAGUGAACAUCCCACCCAUUUUGCUGGGGUACACCUGGAGUAACACUUACGUCUCUCCUAGAGAAGACUGCAGUGGACAGAGCCCCAAAGAAUGUACCUUCCUAAACAUUUUUGCUACGAUUGAACCUCAGAUAUCAUACGUCAUGUACAACCCCAAAGUAGAUGAGUUUUCAGAUCAAAUAGACAUUUUACAGCGAGCACAGACUUUUACCAGGAACUGUAAGGCCAUGUUUCCCAGCCGGAGAGUCAUGGCGACUGUUUUCAAUGGUGAAGGCAUGCAAAUCUUAGUCACAAGAUAUAUCAAGGCAUUGAAUCCACCUCAGCAACUUCUGGAUAUAUUUCUUCACGACUCAAAUGCAACACUUGACCUCAUCGCCCGGUUUGUAUCUCUGAUUCCUUUUGCGGCAGAGACACUGGAUGAAAAUGAUGGUGCUGACAUAUGGAUGACAUCCGAGUGCUGCAUUAGUUUGGCUAUUGGAAACAAAGAAGAACACGCCAUACUUCUCUGUAAUUUCUUUCUGUACUUCGGGAAGAAGGCAUUGGUGAUCCUGGGAACCUCAGUACUAGAAGGCCAUGUGGCUUAUGUAUUAACUCAAGAGACUGGCGAGUGUUUGCUUUGGAAUCCAUCAACGGGGCAAUGUUAUAAGCAGUUUGACCCAUUUUGCCCUUUGCAAAGUGUAGAUUGUUUGUUCAACGAUAAAAAUGUCUGGUUUAAUAUUCAACAAAAUAAUACACCAAUGGCUGUACAUUUUGACUGUUCAAAAGAAAGCUUCUGGAAACAGCUGCUUCCAAAAAACUUCCAGUGUACCAAAGCCCAGAGUGUACAGCCUGAAGAAAUAGUUUACUCGGAUACCAAUAAAAGCAUGGUAGAAGAUCUAAAGAGCAGGAUAGAAAGAGCACUGAAAUGUAAGAUGAUGGAAUGGCGGCCUAAACACCCAACACGCUGGAAUCGACAGUGCACUUCUGUUCUGCGGCAAAUCCUUCCUAAACUAGAGUUUUACACGGGAAGCUUUGCUUCGUUUGAAGACAGUGAGUUGGAAAGGCUGCUACAGUUUUAUUGGGUCACAGGAUUUCCCAUCCAGAUGCCCUACACAGAUGUCCAGGCAGUCAUUGAUGCCGUGUACCAGACAGGAGUUCACUCCUCUGAAUUUCCCCAGACGGAAUUUGCAUUGGCUGUGUACAUUCAUCCAUACCCAAACAACAUUUUAUCUGUGUGGAUCUAUUUGGCUUCCUUAGCCCGACAUCAGUGA